UCAAUAGGUCAUUCUCAAUCCUGUUGCUUUCCCAAAUUCAUGCCGACCCUUCAAUCCAGAAUAUAUUCUCUUCUCGCGAAGCAUUCUCCUAUAAAUACGCUACCCCGCAUACUCCCACCCCACUAUCGUUAUCGCUAUCAGUAUCAGCCAUAUCGAUACAGUUACCACUAUCGACCAACGACCACAACACCUUUUUACACCAACAGCCAAAGACACCAUAACACCAUGACCUCCCAAACCAAGAAAACUCGCAUCCUACUCCUCUCCGACACCCACACCAGCCCCCCGACCCCCUCAAACUCAACCACAUCCUCCGCCUACCGCGCCCCACUCCCCAAAUCCGACAUCCUCCUCCACGCCGGCGACAUCACCAAAGUCGGCUACAAACAUGAACACGAGGAAAUGCUGGCGAUUCUCAAAGAUGCAGAUGCAGAGCUGAAACUCGUUAUCGCGGGGAAUCACGAUAUCACGCUUGACGAGGAAUACUAUAACAAACUCGGGUAUUUGAGACACAAGCGGAAGUUGGGGUAUACGGCUGCGCUGGAUAGCAAAGGAGAGGAAGAGGGAUGUAAUGGACAACUGGAAAACUGCGCGGAGAUUAAAGCUCUUUAUACAAAUCCCGACGCCAUCGCCGCCGGAAUUCAAUACCUAGAAGAGGGCCUUUACACGUUCACACUAUCAAACGGCACACGCUUCACGGUCUACGCAUCACCCUACACGCCUGAAUUUUGUCAAUGGGCGUUCCCUUACGAACGUAAUAUCGACCGGUACAACCUCCAGUCUCCCGUGGCUGUCCGACAAUCCGGUUUUCAAGCGCCAAAUCCUAUUCCCAGUUAUCCGGGGGUGGAUAUCAUGCUUACGCAUGGCCCGCCAUAUGGGAUCUUCGAUGAGGUGGUUCCGUCUGGGAGUCAUGUGGGUUGUGAGAAUUUGUUGAAGGCGACGACGCGCGCAAAGCCGAGGUUACAUGUCUUUGGGCAUAUUCAUGAGGCGUAUGGUGGUGGGAGGAUGGAUUGGGGGACGAAGAAGAUAGAAAAGAUUCGUGGGGACCCGGAGGAUAUGCUGGAGGAGAGGUGUUUGUAUGUCAAUGCUAGUGAUGGUGGGGGGAAGGGGUUGAAGUUCGGGGAGGAGACACUUUUUGUUAAUGCGAGUGUGGUGACGAUUAAGUAUCAUGCGGUUAACGCGCCUUGGUUGGUGGAUUUGGAUUUGCCGGUUGAGGGGGAAUAGUUUACGGGGUAGAAUGGCUAGAUAGCUAGAGCACAUAGCUUGAAAUAUGUAUAAUGCAUGAAUUGAAUAAUUUACAGGAAUCCAAA